AUGUCAGGAGAAAAGGCAGAGCAUGAGGCUUACAUCAUGAGACAGGAAGCAGAGAAAGAACAAGGACUCUACAGUCCAUUUCAUGAGACAAGCAUUAGAAUCAACUCUGCCCUUGAAUCACAGACCUGGCAGCUGUAUCUCAUGGACCACCCCAUCUCCACCUUCAAGAACUGGCCAUUCCUGGAAGGCUGCUCCUGCGUCCCAAAGCGGAUGGCGAAAGCUGGCUUCAUCCACUGCCCUACCGAGAAUAAGCCUGACUUGGCCCAGUGUUUUUUCUGCUGUAAGGAGUUGAAAGACUGGGAACCCGAUGACAAUAUCAUAGAGGAGCACAAGAAACACUCGCCUGGGUGUGCCUUCCUUACUGUCAAGAAUCAGUUUGAAGAACUAACUCUCACUGAAUAUUGGAAACUGAACAAAGAAAGAGCCAAGAACAAAAUUGCAAAGGAGACCAACAGCAAGCAGAAAGAAUUUGAAGAAACUUCCAAGACCUUCCGCCACUCCAUUGAACAGCCUGCUUCCUUUGCUGGGGUGACCUGA